UCAAUUUCCUCAGUUUCCGGAAGAUCAUUGUAGCUAUCCUAAAAGAAAGAAAAUGGAAUCCUGAAAUCGUACUUAGCUAAACAGUCAGGCGUUUUGUAGAGAAUAAGAAGAACAACUGGGCUGUACGAUUACAUUGCUACUAACAUCACUGAGCAGUGGCUGGAUCUUGUUGAAGAUUGGAGAACAUCCCUUGACGUCCCUUCCUUUCUGAAUCAAUGGAAGGGUCUGACAGUUUAGAGCAAGGUGGAGGUGAGCAGCCGGAGUCACAGCGCAGAAGGCAGCAAGAUCGUCUGGGCAGGGAGGAGGCCUUCUAUCAGUUUGUCAACAAUCUCAGUGAUGAGGACUAUCGUCUCAUGAGAGACAACAAUCUUUUGGGCACCCCAGGCGAGGUAACAGAGGAUGAGCUGUUUAGUAGACUUCAGCAAAUCAAAGAUGGUCCAGAACCGCAGAACAACACUCCCAGCACUGAAAAUGGAGAAGAUCCAGUUGAGCCACCAGAAAGCUCUGAAGAUCCUGCCAGUGGUGACAGUCUAUUGGACUGGCUGAACACAGUGAGGCGCACUGGCAAUACAACCAGAACUGGUCAUCGUGGAAACCAGUCAUGGCGGGCAGUGAGCCAGACCAACCCAAACAGUGGCGAUUUUCGCUUCAGCCUGGAAAUCAGUGUGAACCGCAACCUGGCUGAACAGCAAGCCGCUGCUGAAGGAGAGCAGGAGACUUCAGGGCAAGCUCCAGGAGAAGCUCCAGGAGAAGCUCCAGGAGAAGCUCCAGGAGAAGCUCCAGGUGAAGCACCGGGAGAAACUCCGGAUGAAGCUCCAGGUGAAGCUAUAGAUGUGGUGUCCUCAGAGGUGGCUGCAAUGGUGUCUUCAGAAGUGGCUGCAAUGGUGUCCUCAGAGGUGGCUGCAGCGGUGUCCUCAGAGGUAGUUGCAGAUGUGGCUGCAGAGGUGUCCUCGGAGGUGGCAGCGGCCGCGUCCUCGGAGGUGGCAGCGGCCGCGUCCUCGGAGGUGGCAGCGGCCGCGUCCUCGGAGGUGGCAGCGGCCGCGUCCUCGGAGGUGGCAGCGGCCGCGUCCUCGGAGGUGGCUGCCGCGGUGUCCUUGGAGUUGGCUGAUGCAGAAUCCUCGGAGGUGGCUGCAGCGGCGUCCUCGGAGAUGGCUCCAGCUGUGUCCUCGGAGAUGGCUCCAGCUGUGUCCUCACAGAUGGCUCCAGAGAUUUCCUCAGAGGUAUCUUCAGAGGGUCAAGAUUUGGCGCCAGAUGCUGAACCACAGGUCCCCAUGGAGACAGAAGUGGUGGAAGAACCAGUUGUAGAAGAGUUGGCAGUCAUAGUUGAACCAGAACCUGAACUAGAAGAGGUUGUGUCACAAGAGAUUUUAGGGGAACCUCCCAGCUCACCUACUGUUCUGCCAGUACAACCCCCGCCUUCUCCUUCUCCGCGCAGAGGUCAACGGAGACCCCGCAGCCGCAGUCCAGAACCACGCAGGACAAGGGCCCGUACAGCCAGGAGCCGCUCCCCUCUCAGCUUGGAUCAACUGGAUGGUCUCCCUAAUCCACGAUAUGUUCAGAGCCUUCCAGGGUCCAACUCUGGCCCCAAUGCCCUCCCUGUGCCUCAAGUGGAGGGCAGUUCACGGACUCGACAACACAUUCUUUCCAGGCAAAGCACUGUUGACAGUGAUGUUCAGCCAUCUCUGGCUGGUGCAGAAUCAGUCCCAGAGGUCCCAAACGUUGGAUCUCAGGAAGGAGAAGCUGCUGGGGGUGAAGGGGGUGCAGCGGGGCGGCGCCCCCCUACUAUUAUGCUUGAUCUCCAGGUGCGCCGUGUGCGUCCAGGUGAAUAUCGCCAAAGAGACAGCAUUGCUAGUCGUACCCGCUCACGCUCUCAGAACUCAAAUAACACAUUUCUUUAUGAAAGUGAACGUGGUGGAUUUCGUAGGACUUUCUCACGCUCUGAGCGUGCUGGUGUGAGGACCUACGUCAGCACAAUUCGCAUCCCUAUCCGUAGAAUCUCUGAUGCAGGUCUUGGAGAGGCUACCUCAAUGGCUCUCCAAUCAAUGAUUCGGCAGAUAAUGACUGGUUUUGGUGAACUUGGCUACCUCAUGGAUUCAGACUCCGAUUCUUCAGAUUCAAACCGUGGAGCCAACACACCUGCAGAUCUGGCUGAAGCCCUCAACAAUGCAGACACUACUCCUGCUGCUGCUCCUACUGCUGAUGUUGAUGAACCACCUGUAGCUGCUGGAGUCAGAGCAAGGACAGCUGAGACUGACGUGGAUGAGAGCCUUGCCACUGGUCAGCCUGCCUCUGGUGGCAGGGCCCGACCUAGACCACCUAUUAGCCUAGAAGAGCCCAGCUCGCUGCCCUUCUUGAGGCUCGCCCACUUCUUCCUCCUAAAUGAUGAUGACGAGGACCAGCCCCAAGGACUGACCAAAGAGCAGAUUGACAACCUCUCCAUGCGUAACUUUGGUGAGAGUGAUGCCUUGAAGACUUGCAGUGUCUGCAUAACAGAGUAUGCAGAGGGCAACAAGCUUCGUAAGCUGCCCUGUUCUCACGAGUACCAUGUGCACUGCAUUGAUCGCUGGCUGUCUGAAAACUCGACAUGCCCCAUCUGCCGCAGGGCUGUCUUGGUAUCGGCCAACCGAGAGAGUGUGGUGUAGCUCAUGAAAGACUACAGGCCUUUUGUCUCAACCUAAGUAAUCCAGUAUCCCAAGCCCAUAAAAGGCUUUGAGGAAAUGUGUUCAUUCUUCAUACCAUUUGUGAGUUUGAUCAUAAUGCAGUCACAGGUUUGAUUUGGGGUGCUCCAUACAGUGACAUCGGGACAUUCAGUUUCUAAUGAGACAUUUAUUUUUGCAGUCCAAAGUUGGGCAAAUGCAAUGCAUGCUGUUUGAAUCAACCUGUAGUGACCAAGCAGUUCUUUGCAUUGUGCCAAGCUCCCUGGCAGACCAGUGUCCAUUAAAAAAAUCCCUUGGUUAUAAAUGCUGCACACCUGCAGGUAGUUCAGGCACAUGUGCUCUUUGUAUUGGCCUCUGAAUGGCCCUUUAUGUACCAGAAGUUGGGUAUGGGACACACCAGACAGUUCUUAGUUACACCAGUUCAAAGUAUUAGCUGUAAAUAAGCUUGUAAAAAUAAUUUUGAAUCAUACUUUGUAUCAGUGAAUUGGUUUUGGAUUGUAUGUUAUCUCAUAUGAAGAUCAGGGUGGUGUUGGCCACAAUCACUCUCUAUCAGAGCAUCCCUCAAUAGGUUUUAUGGCUGUACACAAUGGAAUUAUUUCAAGUUUGCGAUGUCCAAAGAAUAUCGGACAUUAAUGGGUUUGCCAGUUACUGUGUGACUUAUAGUCAUUCUUUUUCUUCACCUGAAAGAAACAAACAUUUGGAGUGGCAUUGUACCAUGAAUAUUCUGUGUGCUUAAUUGUCUUAAAAAUAAAAUGUUCAGGUACAAGGGAAAGAUUAAUCCAACCAUGCUACAUUUUCAAGUGCAAGUUUAUUUUGGAAUCAUAUGGCAUCUUUAUUGUGAUGAUCAUAAAAAUGUAUUGCUUACUGUUUAUGCCAGAAAGUAGGGAUGUCUCGAUAUUGGUAGAAGAGAUUGGGCUGAUACAAAGUACUUGGCAUGUUAAUUUUCCCACCUCAGAAAUACUAUACUAACAGGCAUGACAUGUCAAAAUUUGAAUAUGAUUGCUGUUGCUUUUUCCCCACAUGUAAAAUGUCAUUUACUUUUUAAUGUACAACAAUGAUUUCAUAAUUACUUUGUCCUGUCAUCCAUUAGAUACUGGCCUGAUUCUUUAUUUUGCAAUGAACAUCUUGGAUUGUCUUUUAUUACUGACUGGUGUAUUACUCUCUCUAAGCAAGUAUUGCAUAUAGUGAAAGGACUGGAAAUUGAUCUUAAAUGAAAUGUAGACUUGCCUUCUCAAGAUCACUAUACCUGUACAUGCACCUCAUUGUACAAGUGACGACUUAAGUUAUUAAUCCAAAGGUUUGGCUGUCAGACUUUAACAAAAGCUGAAAAAAAAUCCUCAUUGUACCUUCUGUCUUAGAAAGGCUCCAGUAGAAAACAUGCUUGCCCACUGUACCCUCCUGCCUCAUGAGCAGAUGCUCCAUAUCAGAGUGCAAUACAUGCGAAAAUGAAAGUAGGGAAACACAAACAAUGAUAUAAAUAUAUGCUGUUGUUAUUAAAUAUGUUGUUAAUGGCUAAAAUCUUAAAUGAAGACUUAUUACCUAUUAAAAUGUGUUGAAGUUCAUUUUAUUUUAUUUAGAAGUUCUGUAGGUUUUUAUAGCACUGUUGAUGAACAGGAACACUGACUAGGGAUGAGAAGGGCAUCACUAUCAAUGCCAUCCUGUCAUGUUUCUCGUUUCACUGUUUGAUGACUUUGUCACAAUUAUUACUUCCCUUUGCGGGACAUGAACUUUUGAAUGCAAGAUCUUGUCAUUGUUAAAUACCAUGAAACAUGUAAAUUAAAUGUAUGCUCCCUCUUAGGCCAUGCUUUAGUUUUGGCCUCGUUCUGUGACCACCCAGUGGAGUAUGUUAACUGGGUGUUAGAUGAAACUAACCGCUGAAUUAAACAAGUUAUGCUUCAA